AUGGGAAUAAAGGAUUUUUUUUUGAAGCAAACCAAAACAACUGAAGAAAAUGCUCGUUUUUCACGACAAAUAAACACGUGUUACGGAAUAAUUGAAGGUUUACGAUUAAUUGAUGAGAAUGAUUUACAAAUCGAUGCAUUUCUUGGCAUACAAUUUGCUAAGCCACCAGUUGGUGAAUUAAGAUUUAAGAAACCUCAACGCCCAGAUUCGUGGAAUGGAGUGAAACAUACAAUAAAGUUUGGACCACGAGCUCCACAAAAAGAUUUCUUUUGGAAUCGACGUUUAAGAAAAUUUCGGAAGGAUGAGGAUUGCCUUUAUUUAAAUGUAUUUGCUCCAGCUUGGCAACCACCAGAAGGCUCGAAUGGUUUCCCCGUAAUGGUUUAUAUUCACGGUGGCGGUUUUUUAAUAGAUUCAGCCGUAAAUUGUGGUGAUAUUGGCAUUUGUCGCAAUCUGUGCUGCAAUGAUGUGAUUGUUGUUACAAUACAAUAUCGCUUAGGCUUCUUAGGAUUCUUUUCUACUGGUAAUGAGGACAAUAUUACCGCUUUUAAUGGUGAUCCUAAACGGGUGACAGUGUUUGGUCAAAGUGCGGGUGGCGUUUGUGCCGAUUUAUUAAACUUAUCGCCACACUCAAGGGACCUCUUCCAAAGAAUUGUUGUUAUGGCUGGGAAUGCAGAAUGCGAGUGGGGUUUAACCGAAAAAUCCAGGAUAGUGAAACUUUGCAGGCGAUUCGCUAAAAGAGCAGGUUGGAAAUCCAAUAACGAAGAUAUAGACGCUGAUCUUGAAAUGCUAAAAUACUUGAGGAAGAAGCCAUCAAAAAUUUUCGAGCGAAGUCUUUUUGAUGCAACUGCGAUCGAUAGGCAACAAAUUGGCCUGGAUUUAGCGCCAGUUAUCGAUGGCGAUUUCUUUCCAAAGCCUAUCGAUGAACUUCGAUUGGAAUCUCCGAAAAAGAAUCAUAUGGCUGGAACAUGUCAGUAUGAAGCAUUAUUGUUCACUGCAUUAAAUCCUGGACAAAUUAAUAUAAAUGGCAUUGAUAAGUUGUUAUCAGUGAGUAUACCGGAAGAGAAAUUCAGCGAUUGGCGAGAUUUGAGGCAACAAGCGCGCAAUCUCUAUUUUCGAAAUCAACGUAAACCAUGCAAACGUUUAAUAAAUGAGGCAUAUAUUAAUUUAUACAGCGAUUUAUUUGUAAAUAAUGGUACUUAUAAAUAUACGAAAUUGAUGGCGGAAAGUGGCCAAGAAGUUUACUUAUAUUCAUUUAACUACUUUAAUCCAAAAAGCUUUGGAUUAGUAUCAUUAGCCAUACCAUUUAAAGGAUCAACACAUUGCACAGAAUUAACUUAUUUAUUCGGUAAAAGUAUUGUUUUAUCUUUCAAAUUUAAUGAAAAUGAUAAAAACAUGAUGGAUUUUAUGAGUAAAUUGUGGACGAAUUUUGCGAAAUACGGGUAA